AUGCGAAAAUUAUUUAAUCGUUUGAUCUUUAUUAAAAUGCGUCGUAUAUUUGAAUUAUUAAUAUUAUCAUUUGUUUUUAUUAUUAUUUUAACAAUUAAUUCAAAAUGGUCAUCAACAAUAAAUGAUAAUAAUAAACCUCUAAGUAUAAAAAUUAAUAAUAUAUCUGUAAAUUCAUUUUUACCACAAGAUCAAUCUAUAAAUGUAAAUCAUAAUAAUAUAACAGAAAAAAUAAUUACAGGUCAACCUGAUUUAGCAAAAUAUAUUCAUCUAGAUUUAAAAGGCGCACCGCCACAACCAAAUAAAUUUUAUGAAACAUUUUUUAAUUUUAUUGAUCAAUUAAAAAUGGGUGUGAAAGGCAUUGUGAUUGAAUAUGAAGAUUUAUUACCAUUAAAUGGUAGACUUGCUAAUGCUACUCAUCGUUUUGGUUAUCAAAAAUCCGAUAUUGAAUUGAUACAAACAGUAGCAAAGUCUCAUCAACUUGAAAUCAUCCCACUUAUACAAACAUUUGGUCAUCUUGAAUGGUUACUUAAAUUACGUGAAUUUGAAUUAUAUCGUGAUGAUCUUGUUUCACCUAUGGUAAUUACACCAUGCUUUAAUUUAACAUAUGUUUUACUUGAAGAUCUUUUACAACAAACACUUGAUAUGCAUCCAAAUAGUAAUAUAAUUCAUAUCGGUUGUGAUGAAGUUGCAUUAACAAAUUCUCAUCCACAAUGUCAAGAAACAUGGAUGGAUGUACCUGAACGAUAUAUUAAUCAUGUUAAACGUGUUGUCAGUAUAAUUCAAAAGAUUCGACCUGGAAUGCGAAUACUUAUUUGGGAUGAUGUUAUUCGUGGUGAUCAAUUUAUUUAUAAUGACAUAUUGUUGAAUCAAUUGAAAAAUCUUGUUGAACCAGUUGCUUGGAAUUAUCGUUCAACAUUUGAUGAUCCAUAUGUAUCUUCAUCUAUUUGGAAUAUUUAUUCAAAAUUAUUUUCUAAUACAUGGGCAGCUAGCGCAUAUAAAGGUGGUCUUAAUCGUUAUUCUAUACAAACAAAUACAACACAUCAUGUAUUAAAUAAUCAUGCAUGGCUUCAAUUUUUAGAAUCAUCUUUAAAUCAAAAUAAUAAAUCGUUUUCUGCUAUUAUAUUAACUGGUUGGUCACGUUUUGAUCAUUUUAUGCCAUUAUGUGAUUUAUUACCAACAGCUUAUCAAUCUCUUAUUAGUAGUUUAUAUAUAUUAAAUACAGGAAAAUUUAUUCUUCAUGAUUACAUAAAUGAUUGUUAUGAAUUAAUGAAUUCAAUUGGAAAAGAUUCACAAUUAUGUCAAUCUUUACCAGGUGUUUCAAUUUGGUCAGGUAUAUCAUCGUUAUCAUUAUCUCUAUCACAAAUUGAAGAUCGUUUAACAUUUUUACAUACUGUUGCACCAUCCUAUAAUCGUAAACAUUUAUUUGUACGUCGUUAUGAACUUGAUUUACGUUUAAAUGAAUUAGAAAUGUUAAAAAAUGAUUUAUUAACAGUAACACAAUUAUUAAAUAAUCAUUUAAGUGAACUUUAUUCAUUAGAUGUUAUUGAUGAAUGGUUUGAUCUCUAUAUAACUCCUGUAUUAGGACGAAUUAAUACAACAUUAAUUGAUUUUUUACCUGUACGCAAUCAAACAUCAUGGUCACGACGACCCUUAAUGUAG